AUGAUUUUAUUCCUUUUCUAGGAAACUCGAAGAAUUGUGGCUGCCAUAAUACAACACAUCACUUUUAACGAGUUCCUGCCCCAGUUGCUGGGGCGAAAUGUUAUGAAACAGUAUGACCUCAUACUUACUAAAACGGGUUACUGGGACGGCUACGACCCAACGAAAGAUCCUUCCAUCUCGGCCGCCUUCGCCGCCGCCGCCUUCCGCUUCGGGCACUCGCUCCUCCCCUCGUCGGUGGAGCGGUGGAGUCCUUCGCACAAAUUCAUCGCGUUCCUUGACUCUCGCUCUGGCGCCCGCAGCCUCAAGCGCCUGCACAAUCUGAUUCGCCAGCCGUUCGACCUGCUGCGAACCGGAGUCCUGGACGAAUACUUCCUGGGGAUGCUGAACCAGCCUGCGCAAGCCAUGGACGACUCCAUCACGCAGAGGUAAAUAUGGGCCUUGGUAACGAACCACCUCUUCGCGGAGCCCGGCGAGCGCCACGGCCUGGACCUGGUGUCGUUCAACCUUCAGCGCGGGCGGGAGGUCGGCCUGCCCGGCUACGGCGCCUGGAGGUACGUGUCGGUUCCGUGAUCAUGUUAUGUAUUCGAUGUCAGUUAUCAGGCUUGGGCCUCGCUUAACAAGGCUCGGGCCACUGUAUUACCCUCUCAGUUUCUGUUUUCUUGUUGCAGAAAAAUUAACUGAUUUACAAU